CGCGCUACGCGUAAGCCAGACUGUUUCCAACGAGUGGCAAGCGCGCUCCGAGUACACUGCGAGCAGCUCGAAAUGAACGAAGAAGAGCGAAUCCGAGCCGCGACUUCCAUGACCCUUUGCGAGCUUGCCACCGCGAAUCACUGGCCGCCGCUUGAGUGUGCGCCUUUGGCUGUUGAUGACCCAUCGUCGGGGCACCCGUCCAGGUCUUCGCUGGACAGCUGUGUAGGGGCGUUGUCCAGGAGUGCGCAGUAUUGGUCCAGCUACUCCGGAUACCUCCGAGAGGCCCGUGAGCGCGACUUCUUGAUUGAUGUUUCGAAGAUGGCUCAAUUACGCUAUGUAGCGCAACUUUGUUAUGCAUACAGACGGUGGCACGACAUUGGUGCGUCUAACAGCCAUACUAACCCUGAGUAG